CAGCUAAAACUUUUAAUUUUCUCAAUGGCUAUUUCUAGAUCCCUUACUGCUCCCGGCUUUCUAUACACAAAGAAAUCCCACAACCCGUUUCAACAACAGCUUCAUUGUCCAUCCGUAACAUCAUCAAACUUAUCAAUCAAAAGAGCUCAUAGUAGGCCAAAUCCAAUCGCUGCUCACACCCUCCCUCGUACCAUAAGCAUCUCACAAACUUUCACAAAAUUGAAGUCACAAGGGAAAGUGGCAUUCAUCCCCUACAUCACCGCCGGUGAUCCAGAUCUGUCGACAACCCAGGCGGCGUUGAAGGUGCUCGAUUCUUGCGGAUCAGACGCAAUCGAACUAGGCCUUCCCUACUCCGAUGCGUUACUAGACGGUCCUGUCAUACGUGCUUCAGCAACACGUUCCUUGGCUAGAGGGACAAACUUCAACAAAGUUAUAUCCAUGUUGAAGGAGGUUGUUCCACAACUGUCUUGCCCUAUUGUUCUUUUUUCAUACUAUAACCCUAUCAUCAAGCAAGGCAUCAAAAGCUUUAUGUUCACUAUUAGUCAAGCGGGUGUACGCGGGCUUCUGGUCCCGGAUAUUCCUUUCGAAGAGACCGAAAUCUUGAGGAACGAAGCUGCAAAAAAUAACGUUGAGUUGGUGCUACUGACAACUCCAGCCACUACGACAGACAGAAUGAAAGACAUCGUGAAAGCUUCGGAAGGAUUUGUGUACCUAGCGAGCACGGCGGGGGUCACCGGAGCUCGUGGGCGUGUGAAUGAACAGGUUAAGGGUCUUUUGAAGGAGAUUAAGGAGGUCAUGCCCAGCAAGGCAGUGGCGGUUGGGUUCGGGCUGUCGAAGCCGGAGCAUGUGAAGCAGGUGGCUGAGUGGGGGGCUGAUGGCGUUGUUGUUGGUAGUGCCAUUGUGAAGGUUCUGGGUGAAGCUAGAUCUCCGCUUGGAAGGUUGAUAGAACUUGAAACUUUCACCAAGUCUUUGGAGUCUGCUCUUCGUUGAUGAUGUAUACGUAGUUUAAUGGGAUCACGUAGUUUUAUUUUUUUGAAAAAUGGGAUCCCGUAGUUAAAUUACGAGAUAAUAAGUUAGAUUGUUAGAUCUACCAAGAUUAAUUAUUGCUAAUUACUUCAUGCAUGCAGCUACGUACGGUCAUGAUGUAACUGAUCAUGAGUGAUGAAAAUUAUAUGUUAAAUUUUUAUUUAGCAAGUUG